AUGAUGGAGGAAUUUCCAUACGACCACGAUUUUAACUCCCAUUUCGCUUCAGAUUUAGAUUAUCUGCAGCAUGACCAGCAGCAACAACAACAACAACAACAACAGCAACAUCUUCAUCAUCAUCAACAUCUUCAACAGCAGCAGCCGAGUCAAAUAAAAAAUCAGGACCAGGAUCAGGAUCAGGACCAACACAUAAAUGACAUGAGUGCCUCAUCCAACGCAUCGGAUAACGGCCCUCAAAGGCCAAAGAGAACUCGCGCAAAAGGUGAGGCCCUAGAUGUCUUAAAACGUAAAUUUGAAGUCAAUCCAACUCCUUCUUUGGUAGAAAGGAAGAAAAUAUCUGAUCUGGUAGGAAUGCCUGAGAAAAACGUUAGGAUCUGGUUUCAGAACAGAAGAGCAAAGUUGCGGAAAAAACAGCAUGGAGGUAAUAAGGAUCCGAACCCCUCGUCACAAUCCCAUGACAACGCCAACGAUUACGAUCGUACCACUACAGACAACAAUUCCGUUACUACGACGAGUACGUCUUCUAUCUUUCACGAUGAGGAUCUAACUUUUUUCGACCGUAUCCCUUUAAAUAGCAACAACAAUUACUAUUUUUUUGACAUUUGCUCUAUCACUGUAGGGAGUUGGAAUAGGAUGAAAAGCGGCGCUCUGCAAAGAAAGAACUUCCAAUCUAUAAAAGACUUGAGAAAUUUAUCGCCAAUAAAGAUCAAUAACAUCAUGUCAAAUGCUACCGAUUUAAUGGUUUUGAUAUCUAAGAAAAAUUCAGAAAUUAACUAUUUUUUCAGUGCGAUGGCAAACAAUACUAAGAUCCUUUUCAGGAUCUUCUUCCCACUAAGUUCAGUCACCAAUUGUUCUCUUACCCUAGAGACCGAUGAUGAUAUUAUAAACAGUAAUGCUACGAGCGAUAAUAACAAUAGUAGUACUACGAAUAAUGACGAUGAUAAUGAUGGUAACAGUAAUGAAGAUAAUGACAAUGGCAGCGACGAGAAAAGAAAUACGAAAGAUAAUUUUGGCGAAUUAAAACUAACGGUUACCAGAUCACCCACCUUUGCUGUUUAUUUUCUAAAUAACUCUCCUGAUGAAGAUCCAAAUCUCAAUAACCAGUGGUCCAUCUGUGAUGAUUUCUCAGAGGGAAGACAGGUCAAUGACGCCUUUGUUGGCGGGUCGAAUAUUCCUCACACUUUAAAAGGCCUACAGAAGUCCUUAAGGUUUAUGAACUCUCUAAUCCUAGAUUAUAAAUCUUCGAAUGAAAUACUGCCUUCCAUCAAUACUGCGAUCCCAGCCGUAGCACUUCCACAACAAAAUAUUGCUCCUCCAUUUUUAAAUACAAAUUCAAGUGCGACAGAUUCGAAUCCAAAUACAAACCUAGAAGAUUCUCUGUUCUUCGAUCAUGAUCUGUUAUCAAGUUCGAUAACCAAUACUAAUAACGGGCCAAACUCCAAUAACGAACGUCAGGGAAGCAAGGAUGAUACACUCAAUUUGCUGGACACUACCGUCAACAACAAUAACAAUCAUAAUGCUAGUAAUGAGGAUAGCCAUCUGGCUCAAGAGCAUCUACCUAAUGAUGCUGAUAUAGUUGCGAAUUCAAACGACCAUUUGUUAUCCUUGCCAACGGAUAGUGAACUUCCAAAUACUCCAGAUUUUUUAAAAAAUACAAACGAACUAACUGACGAGCAUAGAUGGAUAUGA